GGUGUGAGGGUAUUUCCUGUCAUACAAGAUGCGUUUUUUAAUUGCUUUAUAUUUAUUUUUCUCUUUGAUGCACAAACAUAUUGUGGCCAGCUCAGGAGAGUAUUGCCAUGGCUGGUCCGACUCUUACAAGAUCUGGCACAAGGGCUUCCAGUGUCCAGAGAAGUAUGACGGACAGGAUGCAAAGUACUGCUGUGGGACCUGUGCUCUCCGCUACUGUUGCACGGCUGCGGAGGCGAGGCUGGAUCAGAGCUCCUGUGACCUGGAAGAAUUUUUUGAAUUUGAAAACGAUAACACAAUCAACAUGACACCAACGGUACCUGCCUACUUGCCAUUUGUGAUAGUUGUGAGCACAUUUCUGUCCUUUGUGCUACUUGGUACCAUUGUGUCCAUAUGUUGCUGCCAGUGCCUAAAGCCAAAGGCACAGGAUCGUCAAAAUGCAUCAGCACCCUUCCAGACCAGCCUGAUGGAAUCUGGAGGGCCAUCUCCAGAGAGCAUGACUCCUUCUCGCCAGUCUAGUUCCAGCUCAACAGGAAGAUCAACCUUGGCACCCCCAAGACAACCAACCACCUCCACUCCUGGCACUGAUGUCAACGUAAACAUGUAUGUUGCACCUUUGAAUAAUGGAUACCCUGUUUCAAGCACACAGUCUAACCAGUAUGUGCCUCAUCCGCAGCCCCCUGGUCCAUUCUAUCAGCCAUAUCUAAACUAUGGGAUGCCCCCAGAGCACACUUUGCUAAUGGCUCCAUUCUUAGAUAACCGCUCAAUGUACGGACACCAACUGGUCCAUUCCAUCCCUCAGACUCCAAUGCACACAGAACAGUUGUACACAGGUGUCACAAUAUGAGGCGAUUUUUUGCCACAUGACAGUCAUUUUUUG